AGAUGCUCAUAAUUUCAAUCAUUUCAAUUUAAUUCGUAUAUCUGAUAAUGUCGUUUUUAUCCAGUUUCUGCUUGUGCAUAUUUUUGACAGCAGUCCACGAGGGUGAAAGCUCAUUUCAAGCCUCGUAUCGCAAGCAUAAAGGAAGAUAUUUGGCGAAUCAUGUUUUCCGGAAGGAGGAGGCAAAAUACGAGCACGAUUGUGCCACUUAUUGUAUUAGGGAUGAACUAUGCGCAUCGGUAAAUUACAAAGUAUCCGGGGAAAGCAAAGGUUUAUGUGAGCUCAACAGUAAACCGCUUCACGAUGACACCAAAAAAGAAACAUAUAAUGUGGAGUUUAACCAUCUUGCAAUUGUGAAGAAGGAUUGCCCUGAAGUCGGACAAGUGUUUUCAACAGAAACUAAACUUUGCACUCGAAGUCCAUCGUGCAACGAAUUACUUCUUCAAAACGGACGAUUGCCUGACGGUAGAUACACCAUGCAGUUGAAUACUUCUGAGUCGCCCUAUACAGCAUAUUGUCACAUGUCCGACAUCUCCAACUGUGGGGGCGGUGGUUGGACACUAGUCUUAAAAGUCGAUGGAGUUCAGAGUACAUUCACCUAUGAAUCACCUUACUGGACGAACAAGGAAAGUUAUGCAGUUGAAGAUGGACUUGAAGGACUAACAGAGAAGGAAAGUAAACUGGCCUCUUAUUGGAACACUCCUUUUAAGAAAAUAUGUCUUGGUAUGACCGUUAAUGGCGACAGAAGAUGGAUGGUGUUAAAUUACGAAGCAAGCUCGCUGUACAGUGUGAUCGCAGGCAACCAGUUCCAACGCACCUCCGCCGGAAAAGACUCAUGGAAAUCGCUCAUCGCAGGUUCAUUGUUACAGAAAAAUUGUAAUACUGAGGGUUUUAACGUGAAUUUCCAAUCCCACGACUCUUCAUUGAAGACGCAUGUCAGAUUCGGUUUCGUCGCAAACAAUGAGCACGAUUGUCUAUCUUGUGACUCUUGGGUUGGUUUUGGUGUAAAUUUCGUUGGUUGUGACACGAGCGAAUCUAAAUCUUGUGGUAAUCGUGCAGUAUGCGCAGCAGAUAAAGUUGUCGACAUUCAAGCAUUUGGGUACAUUUUGGUGCAAUGAAUGAAACAACUGUUUAACAUAGAAACUUAUGGAUAAUAUGCAUGGUUUACACUGUUGUGGUAGCACCUGAGUUUUUCAUUAUUUGAAUGCAAGAAUUUGUAUAACAAUAUUCGGAUGAAAUUAUUCAGUGUUAAUUACUUAACCUCUUUGAAAUAUUACACCCUUAUAUAUAUAUUAUAACCUUUAAAACGUAGGACUACAUUAUAAAUGUCUGGCGCAAUUCGUCUUGGCUAUCAUCGCAUAAUUAUAGUAAUUCAUUAAUGAAUUAAAUGCUGGAUACUCGCUUUCGUAACUUACAGAGAGUUGAUGUAAGUUAACAGUAUUUUUGAACAAUAUAUAUAAGUAUUUUUGCAUAAAUUAGGCUGCUUAUAGUUUGGUUUAUUUUAGAGUUGAUUUUUCGAUGAUAUGUUUGUAUAGUGUUUCAGCCAAGGUUGUUAUCUUCAAAAGAAAUUAUUCACACUAAUAUAUUGUCGCAUAUUUAUAACUUUUACAGUUUCAUAAGUAAAUAGACGCAAUAGACGCAAUUUAGGGCAUGUUUACAUGAAGCAAGUUAUCCUGGC